AUGUCCAAAGUUCAGCUAAAAGUUGUAUAUAAAGCAAGUUGUUGGGACUGUCAGGAUUUCUACAUUGGCAAAACCAAACGGAGAUUGCGUGACAGAAAAACUGAACACUUCACGGUAAUCACCAGUAACGGUCAUUCAUCAAGAGCACCCAACGACUGUUUUCUGUAAAAUAUCUGUUUGGAGAAGCAAAAAUUCCCUAGAAUUUUCUAUAGCUUGAGGAAGGCUAGAAAUUACUAGAUGACCGUUCAAUUCAUGAGUCAUUCAUGUACAAUUAUCGAAGCAUAUCUAAUAAAUUCCCUCCGAUUUUCUAAAGUUCAAUUUUUCGCAUUUCAGUCCCGGGAUUUGGCUAUUUUUUUGUAGAAAAAGGAAACCUAAACUUUUCGGAUUCCAAAAUGCGAUGGAGAGAGGUAUCAGAAAAAUUCUCUCUUUCGUAAAACUUAAAAUUGGAUCUAAAAUUUUCGAGAAAAUAAUACUGAGACCCUUGUAAUUUCGAAAAGACGCAAGUUCCCCUAGGAUGACCGAACAGAUACAAUUUUAUAGCGCCGCUUAGAAUUCAUUUCCAGAGAUCUAAAAGUACUCUGAAUAGCCUAUAAGGUGUUUUCAAUGCAUUUAAGAGGAAACUGUCGUUGGGUGCCCCUGAUUCAUCAGCUAUUGCAGAACACGUCACUUCUGACUGUUCAUAA